UGGUGGUUGUAAACAUAAAGGCUGCUCAUUAGGCCACAGCUGUGUUAUGACAUCACCUGACAGUGGAGCCACUCAGCAUUAUGUGACUGAACAAGUUUCCUAAGAUCCUGGGAUUAGAACCUUUGUACUCUGUGUCCAGUAACGUUUCAACCAGCUCCUCGUCAUGUCUUCUCCUGCUUACCCAGACAACAAGGCGCCUUACCCCACACCUCAGCCUGACAGCUACCCAUUAGCCCCUUAUCCAGGUCCUAUGGCAGGGUACGGAGACCCACAUCAGGUCCCUCCACCAGGCUUCAAUAUGGGCUACAGUCCAAACCAACCUGCAGUCAUGUACCAACCAGGAGCGGUGGGUUCAGGGCAGGAUUAUGGCGGCCCUCCAGCUGUGGCUCCUGUUGGCGUGCCUCCAGGGCUCGAGUACCUCGCACAGAUUGACCAGAUCCUGAUACACCAGAAAGUGGAACUCCUAGAAGCAUUUAUUGGAUUUGAGACCAACAACGAGUACGACAUAAAGAACAGCUUGGGCCAGAAGAUCUACAAGGCCAAAGAGAAGAACGACUGCUGCACCAGGAACUGCUGUGGCUCUCUGCGCAGCUUCGACAUGAAGAUCAAGGACACCAUGGACAGAGAGGUCAUCCGCCUCAUUAGACCUUACCGCUGCGUCUCCUGCUGGUGUCCCUGCUGCCUGCAAGAGUUGGAGGUUCAGGCCCCGCCAGGCACCACCAUAGGCUACGUCAGACAAACCUGGCACCCUUUCCUGCCACGGUUUGACAUCCAGGGAGCAAACAAAGAGACGGUGCUGAAACUGGAGGGACCCUGCUUUGCCUGCAACUGCUGUGGGGACGUCAACUUUGAGCUGAAGGGAAAACAUGAUGACAAGCCCAUUGGACGCAUCAGCAAGCAGUGGAGCGGCCUGUUGAAGGAAGUCUUCACCGACACGGACAACUUUGGCAUCCAGUUUCCUCUGGACUUGGACGUGAAGAUGAAGGCUGUGCUCAUGGGAGCCUGCUUCCUCAUUGAUUUCAUGUUCUUUGAGAAGGUCGGGGAUGCCAACCAGCGCAGCACUGUGUUUUCAUAAUGAAGUGAAGAAUGAGGGGACACCAGCAUGGGAGCAAGGAUGUUCUGCACUUAUACAUUCUGUUCAUGUACUUUUGUUUUUCUGUUAGUUUUCUUUUA